AUGUCUGGACUGCUCCGCCUGAAACUCAACUGUAUUGUCUUGGGCGAUAAUCCUUGCCGUAUUUUCCCGGUUGACAUUGAGCAGACGGAGAUUGUCAGUGACCUCAAAGAGGUCAUCAAAGACAAGAAAAGGCCGGAGUUUGACCAUGUUGCCACUGACCAUCUUGAGUUAUGGAAGGUCGACCUGCCUAUCGACGAGAUGAUUGAGCACAAUCUCAACAAUCUUACACUUGACCCAAUGAAAUCCCUAUCACCUGUGGAUCAAAUGGUAGAGAUUUUUCCCGAUGCUCCUCCGUGCAAGUAUCUGCAUAUUAUUAUCCAAUGCCCACCUGCCGUGUCUUCCAGACCGCUCCACCUGAAACUCAACUGUAUUGUCUUCGGCGAUGAUCCUUGCCAUAUUUUCCCAGUCGACGUUGAGCGGACGAAGACUGUCGGUGACCUCAAAAAUGUUAUCAAGGUCGCCAAGAAGCCAGAGUUUGACCAUGUUGCCGCCGACCAUCUUGAGCUAUGGAAGGUCAAGAUCAAUUUGAACGAUAUAAAGUUAUGGAACGCGAUCAUGGACGGAGGCGUCCAGCUGUGCCUGUUAACCGAGCUGUCCGAUGUGUUUGCGGAUGGAAUAGAGCGUGGAUGUAUUCAUAUUGUCGUAAAACAUCCUGCCGUUGCACGACACAUUCCAGCUGUUGAUAGGCGAAUCACUUAUUUCAAGAAGGGCACGGGUACUCCGUCGGCCAGUGCAAAACCAUCCGCAUUCUCUACGAAGCAGGACCAGCAAGAGUACCUUUGA